AUGAAAGCUGUUUGUAUUAUAAACCUAUUCCCAAACUUGCUAGACGUGAAUUGUGAGCCAAACUCAGCCAAUAGUAGGACUAAAAGCGGUGAUAAAGACAACGACAGCGAAGACAACAUAUUAUUGCAAAUUCACGCCAAUCUGUGCGAAGACAUCGGCGACAGACCUGACUUUCAAACGCUGAAACCAAUUAUAAAACAACUGAAAAACAAGAACUGCGAGAGCGGAACCAUUCUCGACAAUCUCGUCAAUAAGAUGGAAGAAUACGCCAAUAACUUGGAAGCACUCGUGGAGGAGAGAACCGCCGACUACUUGGACGCCAAGAGUAAAGCCGAGGACCUGCUCUACCAACUGUUGCCAAAGUAUGUGACGAGUCAACUGAUCAAAGGCGAGUCGGUGGCGGCCGAGGCCUUCGAUACGGUCACCAUUUUCUUCAGUGAUAUCGUCGGCUUCACGGGUCUGUCCGCUCAGAGCACAGCCAUGGAAGUGAUCGACUUCCUCAACGACCUCUACAUCUGCUUCGACUCUAUUGUCGGCAAUUAUGACGUCUAUAAGGUGGAGACCAUCGGUGACUCCUAUAUGGUGGCAUCGGGUCUGCCGAUGAGGAACGGCGACCUCCACGCCCGAGAGAUCGCACGGAUGUCCCUAUCAUUACGGGAAGCCGUCACCUCAUUCACGAUCCGACACAAACCGGACCAACAGCUCAAAGUUCGCAUAGGAAUCCAUUCCGGGCCAGUAGUGGCCGGCAUAGUAGGCCUCAAAAUGCCCCGGUAUUGCCUGUUUGGCGAUACAGUGAACUGCGCGUCUCGGCUCGAGUCGACGGGUUUGCCUUUGAAGAUUCACGUGAGUUCAGCCACAAAACAAAUAUUAGAUAAGUUUGGGAAUGACUUCAAAUUGGAGUUAAGAGGCGAA